GCAAUUGGUGAUGGUGACUUCGUGCGUGGUGUUCAUUCUGUUGGUGCACCACGUCCUGUCACAAGAAAGGUAAUCAAUCACUGGCCAUGCAAUCCAGAAAAAGUAAUGAUUGCUCACCGACCAAAGGAAAGAGAGAUUUGGUCAUUCGGAUCAGGCUAUGGUGGAAACUCACUUCUUGGAAAGAAAUGCUUCGCCCUCCGUAUUGCCAUGAAUAUUGGACACGAUGAGGGAUGGAUGGCUGAACACAUGCUGAUCAUGGGUAUCACAAACCCACAAGGACAGGAGAAAUUCGUAACCGCUGCAUUCCCAUCCGCUUGCGGAAAGACUAACCUUGCCAUGCUUCAGCCUACUAUUCCUGGAUGGAAAGUUCGUGUAAUAGGUGAUGAUAUUGCAUGGAUGAAAUUCGGUGAUGACGGUCGCUUGUAUGCCAUCAACCCGGAAGCUGGUUUCUUCGGAGUCGCUCCAGGUACAUUUGGAUUUUUUUGUCUCAUUUCCUUAGGAAUACAAAAUUACUAG